CGUUUAGUUGGGUAAUUCAAGUCUGAUUUUUCUUGUUGAUUAAUUGAACUAUGGAUUUUGUCAUUGUGUGAUUAGGUGAGGAAAGUGGAUAUGCUUGAUGGAGUUUCCAUUGUGCGAUCUGAGAAGGUGAAGGAUGAGUUGGUUUUCGAUGGAAAUGACAUUGAGCUUGUUUCUAGGUCAUGUGCCCUUAUCAAUCAGAACAAGGAUAUCAGGAAGUUUCUUGAUGGUAUUUAUGUUAGUGAGAAGGGGACCGCAUUAAUAAAGAAGGUGGUGAAAAAGAUCGUUAUGGGGAAAAAGAUUGGAGCAUGUAUUUAGUAGAAAGUCUAAAUUAAGGGUAUGUGUUUAUCUAUACUUGCAGUUUUUGUUCAUCAGAUUCAUUAUGUAAUGAAUGAGCUAGUUAUACUGGUUGAGAGAUAGUUAGUGCAAUGUACUAAUGAAAAUAAUAUUCAUCCACUUUCUCUCAUUUCCUUCUAUGUUAGGUUAACAGUGUGUGCUACUUCACUUUCUGUAACUGGAACUUUGGAAAGUUAAAUUAGUUAUGAGCUAAUUAUAUGAGCUAUUUCUGAAUGGAAAAUGUGCUAGGUAUGACUUUUUAA